UCUCGUGGUAUUCUUUUUCAUUAACGCUUGCGAGAGGACGCAGCCAUGGUCAGGGAGCCGCUCAUCAACUUUUGUUCAUUUAGGUAUGACUCACAAAGAGAUUCUUUACUAUUUUGUAUUUCUUUAGUUGUGUUUACUCAAAGGCGUUGGACAGUUCUUCACGUAGACGUGGUUCAUAACAAGAAUCUAUCCUGGUAGACACUACUGAGGGCAAAUUUAGUCUCUUUGAACGCUGUGACUUAUGGGUAAAACAUGUCCGCUUCCUCACUGCACCUUGAAGAGGGUCCAAACUGCUUCCUCCGAUGUUGACGUUAUUGCUGAUAAGUCACUAAUAAUCGCCGCUGAAGCGCUACUUCUGCGUUAGCGACAUGACGGAGGUCUCACCAAAGGAGCGGCUCGCUGGAAAGCCGCUCAAGAGAGAGGUGUUUGCGGAGAUGCUGGCGAUGAAUUUCGAGAAGCUGCCAGACAUCGACAAGUCGCUCUACUUGUACGGAUCCUUCUACUUGGCUGGGAACAGCGCCUUCGUCGGGCUGAUCGCCAACAGCUUGUACCGCCGGUCCCUGAACGUCAGUCAGGCGGGGAUCAGCGCCAUGCUGCCCAUGGCCGUGAUGCCCUUCAUGACCACCUACGCGCUCUACAACGCGACCGUGUCCACCCCCCUCCUGUCGGGGAGCGUCAACUGUCCCACCUGUGUCCUGCUCAGGGGAGCCUUGGUCGGGGCCCUCAGCGGCGCCGUGUACCCCAUCGCCCUGGCCUUGCCUCUGAAUUUCGGCCUCGCAGUGCGGUACCGCACAGCACCGAUGCCCGAGAAGGGCAACCUUCCCCGCUACUGGCUCGACGUGUCCCGGCCGGUUUGGAGGAGAAUGAGGGCGGCGGUUCUGCUACAAACGCUCUUCGGAACCUACCUGGGAUCCAGAGACUUUGAAACGUACGGCAAACUGGUCCAGCUCACUGUGGGUUCCAGGACAGAGGAGUUGGAAUUGGACUGAAACACAGCGCUCAGGAAAAUAAACCUGUUUUAUGGAUGGCAACUUUUGUUUGGCCUGUUUGCUCACUGUAACCCCAAAGAAUUAUUUUGGUCUGUUGAAGUCUAUAAUUUUAGUUUCCUCCUUCUACCCCAAAAACGAAAACAUCAAGACAUGCUCAACACAGGCAAGAUUUUAUUAAAACUGCGGCAGG